GUCUUCUUCAUGGGCGUGUCCACUUUUGUUGUUAGCCACUUUUAAACAAAACACUUUAAAACGACCCAGAGUGACCCAAUCCCUUUCUGUUUACAUCUUUUUCGUCCAGACUGUCCGUCCCCUGCAACGAUGCCUGCAGUCAGUAACUUCACCGUCUCUUAUAACGCGCUGAACGAGGCGGGGACGUUUUCCGAGGGAGACGUUAUAACGGGAACUGUUAACCUGCAGCUGUCGAAGGAGACCAAAGUUCAGAAGCUGUUCGUCAAAGCCAAAGGAGACGCCAACACUCACUGGACGAAGAAAAGGGGCGACCGCACACACACAUAUUCUGCACACACAAGGUACUUCAAGCUGAAGCAGUUUUUAACCCCCGAGGGGUCUGAAGAAAAUGUUUUGCCUGCAGGGAUCCACGUCUACAAGUUCAGCUUUACAAUACCGACAGAAAGCAUGCCGUCAUCUUUCAAAGGAGCUCAUGGAAAGAUUGUUUAUAAGCUGGAGGCCAAGCUGUCCAGAAGCUGGAGGAUGAAUUCCAACGCAGAAGUGGAGAUCAAUUUCGUCUCAAAAUCUUUUCCAAAUAUUUACUCCCUCAUGUCACCCCAAGUUGAUUCAACAGAUAAAGAGAUGGGGCUCUUCUCCAAAGGACAAGUGCACAUGGAUGUGACUGUGAACAGGGGAGUUUUUGCCUCAGGUGAAACGGUUGAGAUUGUUGCCAACAUCAACAAUUCUUCGUCCCGUGACAUGACUCCCAAGUUUAGUUUAAUACAGUUUGUUGAGUUUCGCGCACAAGGAGAUACCAGACAUCAGAGCUUCGAUGUCGAAAAAGUGGUUGGCCACCCAAUUAAACCCCAAACGCAGCAGGAAGUAAAAUGUGCAAUAAAGAUCCCCAGUGAUCAAAUGUCAUCCAUCCCAAAUUGUGCAAUCAUCACGGUGGAAUAUAAGUUAAAGGUGUAUCUGGACAUCAGCUUUGCCUUUGAUCCAGAGGUCCUCUUACCAGUGCUCAUAGUUCCUCCUAAAUGUGUUCCUGGUUCUCAGGGUAAUCUUGUAGGUCCUCAUCCUGUUGGGGCUUUUGGGGGCCAGUGCAACAGUGACUUCCCUCCCCCUGCAGUACCUGGAGGUCCUUAUCCUGCAUAUCAGCCGCCAGGCAGUUAUGGGUAUCCAGGGGUCCAAAGUCCUUCUGCACAACCAGUGAACCCACAGAUGCUGGCUGGUUCACCAGGUGUUUACCCCCCUCAGCCACCACUCAUGUAUGGGGGCUAUAGUAACCCAAUGCCACAUGUGCCCUCUCCGUUCGGAUCACCCUCUUAUGUGCCUUACCCUCCACCACCGCCCUCGGCGUUUAACCUACCUCCAUCAGCACCACAGAGCCAGCCAUCUACUUCCUCCCUGUCUCCAUCAGCUCCAGCUAGUAACCUCAUGCCUUCUGCCCCAGUGAUGAAUUCAGAUUUCCUGUCUCAGCCAAAUGAUGCUCCUCCAUCACAUUCUUUGGAUUUCCUAUCUUCUAAACCAGAACAAUCUGAUGCUAAAUAACCCCAUAACACCAUGAUUGUCAUGUAAAAGCAUUGAAUGCAAAAUGCGUGUACACAACUAUAACCUAAA